CCCCAAGAACAGGCUUUCUCUUUGCUCCUUUCCCCUUUUCCUUUCAGAUUGAGGAAGUGUCAAGUAUUUCAAUUUCAUUCGAGGUAACUUCAUCAAUCAUUCCACCUCCUAAUCAAUAUCUUACGAAAUUAACGACUUUAACGAAUCUUCUUGAAUAUCAAUCAUUUUCUCUUACAUACAUAGAGCAUUCGAAUCAAACCCCCAUCAAAGUGCGGUCUCUCCCACUCUUUCGACGCACAGUUUAAACCACCCACGACGAGAAAAAGAUCUCCUUCUCUUGAAACAUAGUACACAAUACAGCACAAUCUUCGGUUAUCAGUACAAUAUCAGAAUCUUAUACUUCAAUUCAUACAUACAAAGAUGGCGGGGCCAGAGAAUACUAAGCAAUACGUCCCUUUGACAUGCCAUGGUCACUCAAGACCUGUUACGCAUAUCAGCUUUUGUGGUUUCGUGGAUGGAAAGGAUGACGAGUAUUACAUGAUAUCGGCAUGUAAAGGUAUGGCACAUGAUUGUCUGGAGGAUUGGAUGCAUGUACAUGUCUAACUCACUAUGUCAGAUAACAACCCUAUGUUAAGAAGUGGUGUUAAUGGCGAUUGGUACCGUACAUCUGGAAAUUCUUCACCGCAAGACACUAAUUGAUGAUUUAGGAUUGGUACUUUCUUUGGACAUAAAGGCGCGGUUUAUCAAGCUAGACUUUCUCCGGAUGCCAAAUAUGCUGCGACUGCUUCGGCAGAUUUCACUGCGUAGGUGAUUUGCGCCAAUUUGGAUUGGCUGACACUAAUGAAUUGUAUAGGAAAGUCUGGGAUACAUACACUGGAGAAACUCUCUAUACUAUCCAACAUCAGCACGUUGUUCGAGCUGUCGCAUUUCCUCCCGAAUCAGGUACUACUCUUGCGACAGGAGGAACCGAUAAGAAACUUUUCAUUUUUGACCUCGCGAAACUCAAUUCUUCCGGCACAAAUGGCACAACUUCUAAUGGCAAUGGAAGCGACACUAAGAGCAUUUCACAAGAUGAUGGCUUCGAGAUUGGCCCGGGUGUUCACAAAGGUACAAUCAAGGCGGUUGUUUGGACUCAGGAUCCAAAUAUCAUAGUUACGGCAGCAGAUGAUAAAGUUAUAAGAUGGUGGGAUUUACGUUCGCAGUCCGUUGUUCAAGAACAAAAGGUAGAUGGUGAUAUUGGUUCAUGCGAGUUUAGCAACAUUGCAUCUGGACCAGGAGAUAUUGGUGGAGGAUUACCUAUUUUAUCGAUUGCUGCUGGCAAAACUCUAUACUUCUAUGGUGGACCAGCUGCGAACACUCUUAUCAAGAAAGUUGUAUUGAAUUAUGAGGUUGCCAGUGUAGCGAUUCAUCCCCUUCAAAGGAAAUACAUCACUGGUGGAAUUAAGGAUACAUGGGCGAAAGUCUAUGAUUUUGAUUCUGAUCAAGAACUUGGUAUGUUUCUAAUCCCAAUCGAAUAAAAUCUUUCUAACAACUAUAGAUGUUCACAAAGGUCAUCAUGGUCCAAUCUGGAGCAUCAGUUUCUCCCCCGAUGGAAAAUUAUAUGCUACGGGCAGUGAAGACGGUACGAUUAAGAUGUGGAAGAAUUGUCCCGGUUCCUUUGGACUAUGGAGAGCUGAAAGUUAAGAGGUUGUAAUAGAUACAGAGCAGGCUCAAAUCAUACUACUGUAUAAUAUUGAUCCAAGCUUAUGUGCGUAUGAAAGCGCACCGCCGCUGUAUUGAGCGAGGUAUACCAGACGACUUAUAUCGAAUGGUUUAGCGAAGGGAUGAGAUCCCAAAGCGCCUUUAGAUCAAUGGAUGAAUAAAUAAAAUUCAUCUAUAUAUCAAUACUAUGAAUACAUAUACUGUAUGUGAUGAAAUUGAUAUGAACAGAAUAGAAUAGAAUAGAAGAAUCCCACUCCCCACUCAAUA